AUGUCCCUCCUCCGAUCUGGCCUCUUGGCCGCUGUCCGCGUCGAGACGCGCGCGUUCUCUACCUCCCCGAUCGUCCUUAAGAAGAAGGACUACCCUGCUCCGCCCAAGCGCGGCGCGUCGCCGUACACGCUCUUCUUCCAGGACUACUUCUCGAAGAACCGCUCGAACUAUCUCGACCCCGAGAACGGUCGUCUGAAGAUCACGGACCUGGCUCGUGACUGCGGAAAGGCGUGGGGAGACCUGCCCUACGGCGAGGUGCAGACCUACACCGAGGCGUCGAAGAAGGACCGCGCUGCCGCCCAAGCGGCGUAUGAGAAGUGGUACACUUCCCUGACUCCGGAGCAGCUGCGUGCCGCUCAGGCGGACCGCAAGAGGCCCAUCCUGACGCCGGGUGGCAAGGAGGCGUUCAAGCGCCGUCUCGACGACGCCCCGGGUAACCCCGGACGGCCGAUUGGCCCCUUCUUCUUGUUCCUCCGCGACAUGACGCCUAAGAUCGCCCAGGAGGCGCAGGCCAAGACGCUCGUGCAGGACGGCGUCAGCGACGGAAAGCCGCGCAUGGAGCUGCGCCGGUAUAUUGGCAAGAGGGCGGGCGAGCUGUGGAAUGAGCUCACCGACGCCCAGAAGGAGGAGUACAAGAAGAAGAACCGCGAGAUGAGGGAGAAGUACGACGCGUGGAAGAAGGAGUACGAGGAGAAGAAGUAA